AUGCUGUUCCACUCAAUAGUCUACAACCCCGUACUGGCCCUGCUCGUCCUUACGCGACUUGCAUCCGCCACACCCCAGCAAAAACAAGCAGCAUUACAAGACCACCACCCACUACAAGAAACCCCCGGACCCCCAAACUCCAUCUUCCAGCCCAAAUCCUGGAAACCCAUCUCCAAACCCGCCCACCUCCUCCUCUUCCCAGACAGCACCCAAAAACCCGCCGUCAACGCCCACCGACCCUCCUGCAACACCACGAGCACGCCCCCCAAAGCGCUCUCGCUGGAGCCCGAAACCUGUUUAUCGGGGACCUACUACCUCUGGUACAACCUGCUCAUCGACGAAUAUCCCACGUGCAAAGAUGGCUCACAGGCGGUGAUGAUGUACUAUCCACGGACGAGAUGUAUGGGCGAUCCUUCGUUUAAGGCUGCGCGACCGCAGGAGGAUCAGGAUGAAGGGAAGAAGAUGUGUUUAUCGAGGUUUCCGAGUCGGUUCUGGAGUAUGGUUUUUAGGUGUGGACGGGGGAUUGAUGAGGAGGGGGCGGAGCAGUAUCUUGAUGCUGUUCCGCCUGAGGAUUGA